AUGCCAUCUUCAAUCUGCAAAAUCGCGUUACCUGUCUCCUUUCAACAUGUUUUGAGAAAGGCAAACAGCGUGGUUGAUUCCUUGGAUAAAAAGGGUGUUGACAUGCCUAUAAUGCUUAUUUCCCGCUAUGAGAGCUCCCCAGCUUUUUUUUUUGGCCCUCCCGUAUUUGCUCCUGUAGUCGUCUUCUAUUCUGCCAACCAAGAAUUCCGCACUGUUGUCGACUGUGCCAAUGGUGUAGCUUCAAAUGCCAUAUCCAAGAGAUCGCAAGGGUUGAAACAAUCUCUGUCAGAGGCAUUAUCUCGUUAUUAUAUCCUCGCCGGUAAGGUUAACGAUGAUCUUUCUAUUGAUUGUAACGAUGAGGGUGUUCCUUACAUUGAGGCUAGAGUUAAUUGUCGUUUGGAUGAUUAUCUUAGCCAACUUGAUGUAUCAACGCUCCUCAAAUUUCUUCCUGAAGAGGUACCAAAGCUUGUAAUUUCUGGAUGUGAGCUGGUUUUGGUACAGGAAACUGUGUUUGAUUGUGGUGGUCUUGCGUUGGGUUUACUUCUUGCACACACCAUUUUUGAUGCAGCUACCAUUAGUGCAUUUCUUAGAACUUGGUCUGCAUUUGCUCGAAGGUCCAUUGAAGAAGCUUUUACCCCUAAUUUCAUUGCCUCAUCGAUCUUUCCUUCAAAUAAUUCAUUCCCAAAAGAUGCAAACAGUUCUGCUUGGGCUGCUGUGCUCCUUAAACCGGGCAAAUGUGCUACUAGAAGAUUUAUAUUUGGUGGGUCGGCCAUAGCCAAUCUGAAAAAGCAAGCAACAAGCUUGGCCGUGCAGAACCCUUCACGCGUAGAGGUCGUGUCUGCUCUCAUCGUUAAAGGUUCCAUGGCUGCAUUGAAGGAGGUAUCAGGAACCCAGAAGUCAAUUUUGAGGACUUGUCCAAAAGGAAAUGAAGAUCUGGCUGAUUUGGUGUGCCAGAUGAGGGAAGCCAUAUCGACAAUCGAUGAUGAUCUUCUGAACAGCCUUAAAGGAGAAGGAGGGUUGUCGAAACUUCUUGAAAUUGUACAAGAGCUUCGUGAAUUAGGAUCCGAAUCUCUUUCCAAUGGAGCAGAACAUAUUGGGAUCAAUAGCUGGUGUAACUUUGGGUUCUACAAUGUUGAUUUUGGGUGGGGAAAGCCCUUGUGGUUUCCAUUUCCUGCUUUAUCAGUCAAGAAUUAUAUAUUUCUGAUGGAUACGAGACAAGGCGAUGGAGUUGAAGCGUGGGUGUCGCUGGAUGAAGAAGUCAUGGCGGUCCUUGAACAAGACAAGGAGCUCCUCUCUCUAGCCUCCAUGGAUCCUAAUCCUGCAGUGCUAGCCAAACCUUGA